AUGUCCCUGUGCUUCAGCCCCGUGGGCGACGCCAUGCGCGGCCGUGCCCGAAAAUUCCCGGCCCUGGUGAACUGCACCGUCAUCGAUUGGUUCCAGCCUUGGCCGAUGGAUGCCCUGUACAACGUGGGAGCCAAGUUCUUGGAGCCCAUUGAGCAGCUGGGCCCACAGGACAGCCCAGUGCGCCAGGGAAUCAUGGAGUUCUUGCCCUACAGCUUCGAAGCUGCAGGCGUCCCAAAAGAUGUGUCUUUCUGCUUUGGGAAGCGCUUCGCCUACACUACUCCUAAGAGCUUCUUGGAGCUGAUCAAGCUCUACACCUCCAUGGUGGGCAACAAGGUCGACGCACUGGAAGACCAGAAGAACCGCCUCACCAACGGUCUGGAGAAGCUGCACGCCACGUCCGAGCAGGUGGCUGGCCUGGAGGAGGAGCUCAAGGAGAAAGCCGUGGUCGUGGCGGAGAAGGUGGCGGCGGUAAUACCGGGGUCGGACUGCUUGUCCCUUUUACCCGUGGGUGAGAAGAAGGCCACUGUCGAGGAGGAGUCGAGCAAGGCUGCUUUGGACGUGCUGGACAAGAAGGACAGACCCACUUGGAAGGGAGCGCAGAAGAUGAUGAACCAGCCGGAGAAAGUUCCUAUCAACGUGAAAGGCUUCAAGGGCUACAUCGACGACGGCAAGGUAUGGAUCAUCAACAUCAUCAUGUACUAUGAUGUGGUGGUCCAGGUCGAGCCAAAGCGCAAUGCCCUGCGUGACCUGAUGAAGGAGUUCGACAAGGCCAUGGCCGAGAAGAACGCCCUCAUGGCGGAGCUGAUCUACAUCCCCGGCGACACGUUGGUCGCCUGCUCCUUCGCCUCCUAUGUCGGCGUGUUCACCCGCCAGUACCGCGAGGAGACGGUGGAUGCCUUCGUGCAGUACCUCACGAAGAAGGGCGUGCCUCUAGGCCAGGGCCUUCCAUCCGAUCGCGUCAGCUGCGAGAACGGCGCCAUCCUCUGCUUGAUCAUUGAUCCGCAGCUGCAGGGAAUUGCAGCUGUUAAGGGCUGCAAACGCUACAAGUAUGUGCAGCAGGCCAACCGCCUGGCGCGCAGGAUGUGCUACCUUUUCAAGUACGUUCACGCCAAAAAGGUCUGGAUCAAGAACCGCGAGUCGGAGAAUGGCCUGCAGGUGACCCGCAUGGGCCACGCAAAGAUGCUGAACACCUUCGAGGUGUCCUUGGAUCAAGGAAAGCCGGUGCUGAUCGAGAACAUGGGCGAAGGUAUCGAUGCCGUGAUCAUGCCAGUGGUGUCCCGAAACACCAUCAAGCGCGGCAACAAGAAGCUCGUGAAGCUCGGAGACAAGGAGAUCACGCUUAGCAACAACUUCAAGCUCUUCAUGCAGACGAAGCUGUCGAACCCGCACUACCCUCCCGAGAUCCAGGCCGAAUGUACCAUCAUCAACUUCACGGUCACCGAGGAUGGUCUCGAGGAUCAGCUGCUGUUCUUGGUGGUGAAGCUCGAGAGGCCUGACCUCGCCAAGAAGAAGUCAGAGCUCAUCCAGCAGCAGAAUGAGUUCAAGGUGACCUUGGCGCACUUGGAGGCAUUGCUCCUGGACACAGAACUGAUCCUGAGUCUUGAGGAGGCCAAGAAGAGCAACAUGCACACCUUCUACAAGUACUCCCUGGACGCCUAUCUCAUGGUCGUCACACGCGCCGUGAACAGCGUCACGCUGCGGAAGCCGAAGGAGAAGAAGGUGGAGGAGAAGGUGGAAGAAGUGCCCGCCGAAGAGGAAGGUGGCGACGAGGCAUCAGGGGGAGAGGGAGGAGCUCCAACCUCCUCAGCUCACGAAAGCACGCCGGCGGUCCUUCAGAAGCAGCCUUAUACUCUGACGGAGUACGCCCCACCCAACUACAGGUCCUACCAGGAAGAGAUCAUCGAGCUCACCGGAAAGGAGCUGAAGCUGCGAGUCGACCUGCUUUGCAACAUCAUCACCUUCUUCGUGUGGAACUACACACGGCGAGGUCUGCUGGACUCGGACAAGCUGACCGUGGUGAGCAUGAUGGCCAUGAACAUCCUUGUGCGGGCUGGCAAGAUCACGACGGACGAGAAGGAGACCUUGAUUCGCUGCCCUCCAGAUCCCAAUCCGCCGGCGAUGCCCGAGAACGCAAGGAGCUGGCUGUCCGAGACGCAGUGGGCACAGCUCAAGACCCUGGAGAACAUGGAGGCAUUCAAGAAAGGAGGCCAGUUGACUCAGAACAUUGAGCAGGACUCCCUUGGCUGGAAGCGCUGGUACAGCGAGGAGAAGGCUGAGAACGCCGACCUCCCGCGAAGUGCCCGCGACUUGAACCAGUUCCAGCGCCUCUUCCUGCUCCGCGUCAUGCGGCAAGACCGCAUCGGCGCGGCACUGUCGCAGUUCGUCAUCGACAACCUUGGUCAGGAUUUCGUCGAGCAGCCGCCGUUUGACAUGGAGGUGUCUUUCGACGAGUCGACGUCCAUCACUCCGUUCUUCUUCGUGCUCUUCCCAGGUGUGGACCCGACGCCCAUGAUCGAAGCCCUCGGGCGAAAGCUGGGCAAGACGGAGGCGAAUGGCCAGUUGCUGAACAUCUCCAUGGGACAGGGUCAGGAGAAGAUCGCCCUGAAUGCCCUCAACAAGAUGGCCAAGGAAGGCGGAUGGAUCAUGUUGCAGAACAUUCACUUGAUGCAGGCUUGGCUGAAGGACUUGGAGCGUGCCUUGGAAGUCAUUGAGGAGUUCGCCCACGAUGACUUCCGUUGCUUCCUGACCUCCGAGCCGCCUGGAGCCAUGCAGGGCAAGCUCUGGGACCUUAUCCCGGAGCCCAUCCUGCAGAGGUGCAUCAAGGUCGCGGAUGAGGCGCCCAGCGACUUGAAGUCCAACCUCCGCCGCGCCUACUCCAAGUUCACCCAGGAGAAUAUCGAUGCCUGCAUGAAGCCCCGAGAGUUUAAGGCCACGCUCUUUGCCCUCUGCUUCUUUCACUCGCUGAUCUCAGGACGCAUUAAAUUCGGCGCCCAGGGCUGGUCCAAGAAGUAUCCGUUCAACGACGGCGACUUGACAAUCUGUGGCCAGGUGCUGAAGAACUACCUCAACAACGCGGAGAACCUGGGGACGGAGGUUCCCUGGCCGGAUCUCCGCUACAUCUUCGGCGAGAUCAUGUACGGAGGCCACAUCACCGAUCCUUGGGAUCGGCGCGUGAACAACACCUACCUCGCCGUCCUGGUCACGCCGGAGCUGCUGGCAGGCGGAACGCUGGCGCCAGGCUUCAAGUCGCCCGAUGCCAGCAAGCUCGAGUACUCACACUACGUCAAGUACAUCGAGGAGCGAUUCCCCCCAGAGGUGCCGCAGAUGUUCGGCCUGCACCCGAAUGCAGAGAUCGGAUUCUUGACGAACCAGGGCAUCAGCAUCUUCAAGACGAUCCAAUUGCUUCUCAUGUUGCAGCAUAGAGACACGGUGCAGAACGGAUUGUACUUUCGAGGCUCCAUCCUCUGCCGGGCCAGCCCCUGCACAGCUGCCGUGCAUCCCGUCACGCGUCCGACCGUCGCAUAUAUGGCUUACGUACCCCUGGCACCCGUCGCAGUCACGCGAGCCAGCCCAGCCACGUUUCCUGUCGGCCCGGUCACGCCCGCCGGCCAACCUCCUGCCAGCAUAGCGGUCUGGGCGAUCACGAAUUCCCACACCUGCCAGUGGUCCAGGCGUCUGAAGGACGAGGACUACACGCCCUUUGUCAUGGUCUCACUGCAGGAGGCCGACCGCGUCAACGGCCUGUUGGACCAGAUCCGCGGGUCCUUGCUCGAGUUGGAGUUGGGCAUCUUGGCCGAUCUUCUUUUAAGUUGUAGCCUAUUCACAGCAGCAGCAGCAGAGGCCAAGUAUGAGGACAAGCAGUACUCGGACUUUGCUGAGUGGUUCGAGGGUCGCAAGCCGAAAGUUCUGGCGAUGAAUCCUUUGGCAAACCUCCCUUACUUGAUAGAUGGUGACAAGUGCAUCUGCCAGACAAACGCCAUCCUCCACUACUUGGGCGAGAAGUACGGGCUCAACGGGAGCACAGACGCCCAGAAGCUUCUAACCAGAGAGCUCCUCUGCGAGAUCUACGAUGUGCGAAAUGGCAUGAUCGAUCUUUCCUAUCCCUCUCACAACGUGUGCCGAGACGAGGGGGAGUACAAGGCGAAGGCAGAGAGCAUCGUCGCCUCGCCCCUGUUCGCCAAGUUUGAGGCGGUUCUCGGCUUCAAGAACAACGUCUCCGGUGGCAAGUGGUUCGUGCUUGCAGAUGGCCCGGGCGUGGCGGAUUUUCACAUCUGGGAGAUGUUGGACCAGCACAAGAUGCUGGCCGAGAGGAUCGGUGCCGCCCCAAUUCUGGACAAGUUCCCAAAGUGCAAGGCUUUCUACGAGGCCUUCAUGGCCAUACCCACGCUCCAGAAGUACUUUGCUUCGGACGCGUACGCGUUUGACGUGAACUUCAAGCCGGCCAACGCCUACUUCACGUGA